AUGGCCGAUCUGGCCACCAGCCAAAACCCGGCUCAGUACCAGAAGCUGGCGCGGGAGAUGGGCGACUUGCAGGAAGUGGUGGAUUUAGCGAGCCAGUACCGCGCCGCACUCACACAACUCGAAGAGGCCGAGGAAAUCAUCGCCGAUGGCAGCGAUGCAGAACUAGUCGAAUUGGCCGCGGCCGAACGCGACCAACUGCGGGGACAGGUGGCGCAACUAGAAGAAACGCUCAAAGUGCUGCUGAUUCCCAAAGACCCCAACGACGGUCGCAACGCCAUCGUCGAGAUCCGCGCCGGCACCGGCGGCGACGAAGCCGGGCUUUUCGCCAGUGAUCUAUACCGCAUGUAUCACCGCUUCGCCGAGCGCAAAGGCUUGAAAACCGAGGAGCUUUCCUCUAGUCAGAAUCCGGCCGGCGGCUUUAAGGAGGUGGUGUUCGCGGUCUCGGGCGCGGACGCCUUCGGCCAGCUCAAGUUCGAAAGCGGGGUGCAUCGCGUGCAGCGGGUUCCCAAAACCGAAGCCUCGGGCCGGAUUCACACGUCGGCGGCCUCGGUGGCGGUCUUGCCCGAAGCCAAGGAGGUGGAAGUGGAAAUCGCUCCUGAGGAUUUGAAAAUCGAAGUGUACCGCUCCAGCGGCCCUGGUGGCCAGAGCGUCAACACCACGGAUUCGGCCGUGAAAAUCACCCAUAUCCCAACGGGCAUUAUCGUCUCCUGUCAAGACGAGAAGUCGCAGCUAAAGAACAAGAACAAGGCCUUGAAGGUCCUCCGCGCCCGGCUCUACGAUAAAGUGCAGGCCGAGCAAAAGGCCGAGCGCGACGCCGCCCGCGCCGGCCAGAUCGGCUCCGGCGACCGCAGCACGAAAAUUCGCACCUACAACUUCCCCCAGGGCCGGGUCACCGACCACCGCAUCGGCUUGUCCCUCUAUCGCCUAGAGGAAAUCCUCGACGGUGAUUUUGAAAAAUUCGUAGAGCAAUUGGCCCUCGCAUCUCAGCAGGACGCGCUCGCGGCAGACCUAUGA